AUGUCUGCGUUUUAUGGUCAAAUGAGUUCAAAUGCAAGCGCGGAUGAAGCUGGCGUACAUGUCCAACUCCAGUCUUCUUUUCCUUUUGCAGUCCUCUAUCCAGAUCGACACCAGCUCCCGCCUCCCGCUUUUUCUUUUAUAUCUCCAGACACAACGGUGCACAAUAUACCGCCGCUUGUUCCUAUGGACCAGCUAUCUUUGCAUUACAGUUAUCUUAGCUUGCAAGAGCCUCAGCCAGCCCUCAUUCCAGGCGCUGAAUCUCGCAACUUCUCCAAUGUAGCGGAAACCGUAGACAACACUCCUGCCGAGUUUCCGAUUCAUGCACCCAUGCCGUCGCCUGCGCACGGUGCUGCAUUUAUGCAGCCUGACUACUUCUACCAACUCGAAAACGCAGGCCCUGCACUCCCAGAGGUGUUUUACACUGCCCAAGAUGGGUUCCCCGGUGUACCUAGUUCCCAAUCAUUCCCCCUCUUUCACGAAACUGGAAAUUCCUUGUCCUCCCACGAGACCUUCCUCACGCCCAGUGAGCUGAGGCUUGCCGAGCUGGAAGCCAAAGCUCAGGCUCAGUACCAGCUUACAGACAACAGCUUGAGCGAAGGACGCGUCGAAUCGGCAAGUAAGGCGCGUAGGCGCGCGAUGGCAAAGAGCAUUGGGUUUACGCCCACAGAUCCUGACAUUAUCUCGUCGCAUGAAAAGAAACGACACUAUCUCGAGUGCCUUGAGCAGUAUGUCAUGUAUCUACACGAGCAGUUUGCACUUGUUGGGGUUACUCCCGAUCGUUUGGAACGUGUUGCUCCCUACAAGGGCUUGAGCAGCAAGUCUAUCAGGACGCUUCUCGUGCACAUGGAAAAUACGACUCGCAAGCUCAACCUCCGUACGCAAGCCGAAGAGCAAAAGUAUUACAAUCUAAGCAAGGAAAUAUUGCAGCGUGAGGGAGGCAGUCUGUAG